AUGUCGCUCAUCAACCAAACUUCCCGUUCAAAAGCGUCUCUCAAGCCUUCUUCGCGGCGUGCAGAAACUUCCAGAGUAUACGCUCAUCCACUCCCGAUCAUAUUUCCAGAACCAACAUACAAAUUUCUUGGACUCUCCCUAACACGACCACUCAAUCCUCACUGUACCGCGCUAUUUGACCCUCUCACCCGCUCAGCUUGGGUCUCAAGUUCUGGCGACGCUACUCUAUUAUGGCAGCGCGGGUUCUUUGGAAAAGGAGACCUUUCCAGGAGUGAGCCUAGUUGGUUGGCGAGACAAAUAAAUGCGAGAAAAAUGAAGGGCAAGGCACUCACAUCCGAAGAGAUCACCGCCAAACGCCGUGCAGAGCGCAAGCAAUUUAAGCUCGAUCGUGCAAAGGCGAUUGCUGCUGCUGCCGCAGAAGCAGAGACUGCUUUCAAUGAACAAGGUCGCGUUAUCGCGCCCGGUAUUGCACCGGAUGGCACACGGAUAAUCCCUUCUGCUGCAACCUGGAAACCAACAUCUGCACCCGUGCCUUCGGAAAAAUCGCCUCUAGACGUCGCACCAGACGAAGAGGAAGACAUGGAGCCCAUACAAGACCUCGAGCAUCUGCAACUCUCGCUUCAAGAGGCCUUUUUCCUCGUCUGGGCACUUGACUGCUUGACAAUCUUACACCCUCGAACCCUGGUUCAUCUCGUUUUUACACAGAAUGUGUCUUUUACCCUCGCUGAAAUAUGGAAUACAUUCCAAAAUGCUCACAUACCGUCGUUGGUCCCACAACCAAACGCACCAUCACCUUUACGGUUUGACAAUCCCUUCCUUGUGUCAUAUGUCGCAUACCACCAUUACCGCUCCCUUGGUUGGGUCGUCAAAAGCGGCAUCAAGUUCUGCGUCGAUUACCUGUUGUAUAAACGUGGCCCUGUAUUUCAGCAUGCCGAAUUCGCAAUUGUCGUCAUUCCUGUAUAUGAAGACCCCGAAGAUCAAGCAAACUCACCAUUUAAGCUACAGAACGCAGAACCAUUCACGUGGUCAUGGCUGAGCACGAUAAACCGGGUCAAUUCUCAGGUUCAAAAGACACUGGUCUUGUCGUAUAUCACCAUACCUGCGGAAUCACGGGUAUCUCCAAAAGUUCUCUCUUCACCCGCAUGCUUUGUACAUUAUUCGGUACGCGAGGUCGUGUUGAGGCGGUUCAUUCCGGCGCGCAUGCGGGACUAG